AUUUUGUAAAUAUUAAUAUGGCUUUAAAAUUAUAAACUGUAAUUUUCUAAACAAUUUUUCUUUUUCUUUUAAUUAACGUGUUUAUUUUAAGCGAAAAUUGUUCCUAGAUGGCGCCACGUGUGUCUGGACUCGAGUUAUUGCACAAUUUAGUCGGAAACGUUGCAAGUCAGGUCAUUUCCGGUUAUUUCUUUAAGGAAAGUUGUAAAUGAACACAAAGAAUGUUGUAGCGAUGACGUAGACAGCAUUAAAGGGGAGAAGAGGCUGGAAAACGUUUAAAGCUGACAAGUGCUAAUGGAAGCGAACAUGACCUCUAAUAACGAACGUGAUGUGGAAAGCCUCACUCAGGCCGACUCUUCUGAUGCAAAUAUUCGGGUCGAACAACAGAAGCCCGUUCCGAAUCCCAACUUGCUGACCAGAAUAUGUAGAGUAUUAACAAAAUGGGAGAGAGUCUACAUGAUUACAGCACUGGCCUUCCUCUCAACCAUAUGGAGCCUGGCGGCCACGAUAGCUUACUACAAAUCGUCGGCUUUGGAGUGGGCAUUAGCAUACACUGCCACAUUUUGCCUUUAUUAUGUCAUCCACGGGAUCUUAGCAAAGAAGGCAUUCGCGUUAAUUGGUUUCGCCGUCCUAAUUCUCCUCAUUCUGGCAUAUGGCAUCAUAAAUUAUGUCUCCGAUUCGUCUGAUGAUCUAAAACUGGCAUAUCUUAUCUUUGUUUGUGUUCUUGGUCCUGUGUUUAUUGUAGCAACCUUAAGGUUUAGCUACAGAUACUAUUCAAGUGGCAUCAUAAUUCAAUAUAUGGUGGGUGCCAAUGAAUAUCUACAGUCUUUAUGUAAAAUGAUGAUGCUCUGCAAAACUCUCUUGGUGUUCGAUUUUCAUAUGCAGGUCAACUUGGUCCUUCUAAUUGCAGCGAAUGGAUCGGAUGCCGUCCACUCUGAUAAGAUCGUUUUGGCACUCACAUUCAUAUUUAUAGCAAUUGGAAACAGAAGCAUAAUAUAUGAGAAGAAGGUAUUGGUAUUUCUCUUCUUGAUCCUCAGCAUUUCACAACCCGUUUUUACCAUUUACAUAUUUCAUGUGGCGAAACGUCAAUUCGAAGUUCAUCCCGCUCAAUACAUCGCCAUCUAUUUGGCGGGAGGAUUGGGACUGGUGGCUUGGUUUUCUUCUGUAAUUUGCAUAGGCUUUGUCACAAAAAACUUUGGAAAAGGAUUGAAAGAAAAAGUUACUGCAGUUUCCAAUGUUUUGUAACUUUGGAACAGGAAUCUCAAACAAUUUGUAAAGCAGUGAAAGUAGAGAAG